UCUACAGUUUGUGUCAGGACCAAAGCUGAAAGCAAGAAAGGGAAGACUGUGUGAGUUAAAAUCGACCUCUGCAUGACUGCAUUAAUCACACAGUCCUCGCGCAUGCCCUGCCCCCUCCUCUUGCAUCCCGUGAGCUUUUGCAGCGUUUUAAGACAUGUUGAAAUAUGAUGAGAAGAGCCUCGCUUCAACGUUGCAAAACAGCGGCAGGGGGCGCAGUCACAGCCAAAGGUUGUCCACUUAAAAAUGUAGAACUUCCGUUUCCGAGAAGCAGAGAGCCGCAACAUCAACAUCCACAGACAGAUUCAGUUAUCAGUUAAUAGCUCUUAACAUUGAAAUCGAGUCUGAAGGAUGUCGGGACAAAAGCGCCCUGCUGACCCUAGCGGGGCCUCGUCCUCCGGUGCUCCUCCAGAGAAACGAAGGGAAAAGGAAGGAGAAGACGGAGGUCUCGGUGUCAGCACUGGUGGGAGCACCGCAGUGGAGACGGUCAUCAAACUGGGAGGGGUAUCCAACUCGGAAGAACAAGACAUCAAAGCUCUCCAAACUAAGAACCGAAAGUUGGGAGAAUCUCUUGAUCAAAGACAGGUGAUCGAGGAUGAACUGCGAGAGCGAAUUGAAAGACUGGAGACCCGGCAGGCUACUGAUGAUGCUAGUCUUCUGAUUCUCAACAGAUACUGGAACCAGUUUGAUGAAAACAUUCGACUGAUCAUCAGACGCUAUGACCAAGCUAGCAGUGAACCAGAGAAAUCGCCACCAGGUGAGGGACGGAGUCUGAAGCCAGAAACUCCAGAACCUGAUGGAGACUCCAACCAGGAGAGGGCCAAAGAUAGAGGCCACCAGGGAGAGACGUCCAACUCCUUCUUGGCCACACUGGCAAGCAGCACCAGUGAAGAGAUGGAGGCAGAGCUCCAGGAGAGGGUGGAGUCCAGCCAGAAGCAGGCCAGUCGAGUGGUGGAGAUCUAUGAGAACCUGAGGAGCACUGUGGACCAGCUCAAGGCAGAGGUGGACUCUGGAGCUGAUGGUAGUUUGUGGCAAGCAGCUUCCAAGUUGAACUCCCUGCUGACCAGUGAAAAUGAGCGGCUUCAACAGCUAACAGAGGAUCUCAAGCAGAAGCACAGUAACAUGACAAGCGAGUCCCGGUCUCUGGGUCGCGCCGCUAACAAAGCAGACCAGCGCGUCAGCGAGCUGCAGGGUCGCAUCGAGGAGCUUCAGUGGGACAUGGAGAAGAUCCGACGCCGGGAGAACAGACUGAACGCACACCUGAGCGAGAUACUGGAGAGGGUAAACAGCAAAGGCUAUAAAGUGUGUGGGGAGGCCAGCAGUGUAUGUGGAACCAUCACUAUUAACAAGAGAAAGUUCGAGGAAAUGAAUAGCGAGCUGGAGGAGAACACGGAGCUCGCAGAAAAUCGCCUGAUUGAGCUGCAGAAGCUACAGCAGGACCUGCAAAAUGUUCAACAGGAGAACAACAACAUGAAGACGGAGUUGCUGAAUCGAGCUGAGGGUUUGGUCAAAGAGACCUCUGAGUAUCGCUGCCUGCAGUCACAGUUUUCUGUGCUUUACAACGAGUCCCUGAUCCUAAAGGCUCAGUUAGACGAGAUACGCACUCGCCUCAACACUACUCGAACUGCACGCCUUCGACAGCUGGAGCACAUGGAGAACGAUGAGGUGGCUCUGCAGAGGAAGGUUCGCACAGAAGUGUUUCAGUUGGAGGACACGCUGGCUCAGGUCAAGAAGGAGUAUGAGAUGUUGCGGAUUGAAUUUGAGCAGACUCUUGCUGCCAACGAGCAAGCAGGUCCUAUCAACAGGGAGAUGCGUCAUCUAAUAAGCACACUGCAAACCCACAACCAGCAGCUGAAGGGAGAGGUGGUGAAGUACAAGAUGAGAUUAAGAGAAACUCAAACUGAGCUCAACCAGGUUCGUGCUUCAAAAGGCAGUGCUAUUCUUCAAUCGCAGUCGAGCACAGAGAUGGAUGUGAAGGAUGAGACAACCUCUCCGUCAACCCCAGCUGUUUCUGGGGAACCUGUGGUCAAGACAGAGCCUGACAAUGGCUCCUCCACACCCAGCAGCACCGGUGCUUCAGUGAAAACAGAGCCUGGUGUAGAACCAGAGGUAACUGUAAAGGAGGAGGAGAAAGAAGAGAAGGAAGAAAAGAAAGACAUUAUAAAGAAAGAGGAAAAAGAGAGGGAACGGGAGAAAGAGAAGGAGAGAGAGAGGCCCACCCGAAGCAGCGGGAGCAGCAGCAACAUAGUGAUAAAGGAGGAGAAGGAGAAGCCAGGGAGCAGCAGCCAACCAGAGGAGUCAGCCGCAGAGCGACUGUCUGUGGUUGGAGGGUCAAAGAGGAAGGAGAUGGAGCAGCUGAAAAUUGUCCGAGCAGAACUCAAGAAAGCUCAGGAGUCUCAGAGGGAGAUGAAGCUUCUGCUGGACAUGUACCGCUCGGCUCCCAAGGAGCAGAGGGACAAAGUCCAGCUCAUGGCUGCAGAGAAGAAGGCCAAGUCAGAGGGAGAGGAGCUGCGGCAGAGGCUGAGGGAACUCGAGGAGAGGGAGAGAAGAGAAGGCAAAAAAAUGGCUGAUGAAGAGGCUCUAAGAAAGAUCCGUUCUGUGGAGGAGCAGAUUGACAUCCUCAACAAGAAGCUGUCCAUAGCUAAACAGGAGGAAGAGGCGCUGCUGAGCGAGAUGGACGUGACGGGCCAGGCCUUUGAAGACAUGCAGGAACAGAACAUUCGCCUCAUGCAGCAGCUCAGAGAAAAAGACGAUGCCAACUUCAAGCUGAUGAGCGAGCGAAUCAAGUCCAACCAGAUUCAUAAGCUUCUAAAAGAAGAGAAGGAGGAGCUCGCCGACCAGCUCCUCACUUUAAAAACACAGGUCGACGCACAACUACAGGUGGUGAGGAAACUUGAAGAGAAGGAGCGCCUCCUGCAGGGCACUAUCAGUGCUGCAGAGAGAGAGCUUACACUUCGAACACAAGCUUUGGACAUGAACAAACGCAAGUCACAAGAAUCAGCGCUGCUCUCAGAGGAGCUGCGAACUCAGCUGGAGCAGGUUCAGCAGAGGCUCAAACUGGUCAGAGGGGAAGUAAUUGAGAACAGCAUAUCAAGGGAAAAAGAGUCUUUCAAUGCUCGACGAGCACAGGAGGACAUCUCCAAACUCAGGAGAAAGAUUGAGAAGGCCAAGAAACCAGCUGAGAAAAUCAGCAACGGAGACGAGAUCCUGAAUGAAGAGAUUAGUGAAUACAAGGCCCGUCUAACGUGUCCCUGCUGCAACUCUCGGGUGAAGGACGCUGUACUGACAAAGUGCUUCCACGUCUUCUGCUUCGAAUGUGUCAAGACGCGCUACGACACCCGCCAGAGGAAGUGCCCCAAAUGCAACGCUGCCUUCGGAGCCAAUGACUUCCAUCGCAUUUACAUAGGCUGAAUCCACGUUCCUUCACCACUUGGAACAAAGGAGAAGAAGAAAAUCAGCAAGAUGAGCAGUGGUAAAAACACUGCCUGGAGCGAGACUCUGCACUCAUCUCCCCCUUCCUCUUGCAGGAUAUUGUUAGCUUAAAAUCACAUGUUGAUCUCAGUGAUGCUUAAAAAGAAGAGACUUGUUUAGAUUUUUUUUUUCCCUAAUGACUGAAGCUUCUCCCAUCUGCCAUUCGCUACUUUCCUGAUGUUCUUUGGUGAAGAAUGAAUAGUUGAUUUACAAACUAAAGCUCGUGGUUCUUGUCUUCUCAUAAAAAAAUAUGAAGAAAUGCACGUGCAGUGACAAAAAGCAUUCCUCCUAGUGUUGCAGAUAAUGUCAGUAUGUAUGUAGUUUUGACUGUGUUUCUCAUAUAUAUAUAUAUAUAU